CAAAAAUGCAUCUGAUUGAUUCACUACAAACACAGACUCACACACAGACACACACUCACACACACACGUAAAUCAAUUACCACAUUAAAACUUGGUGAUUGGAGUUGUGUUCUGUUUUCCAGUUUCUUCAGAAAAAACCAUUUUUAAGUGUAGAGCACCUUUUAAUGGAUUUAUUUUUAAGUGAUUUUACGCCACAAACAGAAUGUUGAAAAUUUUGGCAUUCCUAAUUAAACCAUUUACCAGCGACUGUGAGCAUCAAGUAUGCCCUCAACACUCUCAUUGUUUGAAAACAUUGGAUGGAAAUUUCACAUGUGUCUGUAAUUAUUUCUUUGCACCUGCCGAUCUUGACCCAAAAGUUCCACUUGAAUGUCGUUUCAGUUAUGUCAGCUUAACACUGACUAUGGUCUUCACACUAUUGAGUCUAACGUGUAUUACAUGGAUAAUAGUCGCAAUAUGGAAAGCAUGUCAACAGAGAGGUCAGUAUGAAGGUGUUCAAUGGAAAGAAUCCCGACAGGAAUUACAACGAUCAAGAUCACCUUCUGUGAACAGUCGAGAAUCGAUCAGAAGUUCAUCAACGAGACGAUGAGAGUAGGGAAUACAAACUCACCAGUAAUUAAUACUGCCAAACAAUAGUAAACUAUUUUCUGUUUCAAAUGAACAUCUUUUCGGUUUUAUUAAAUCGGCUUUAUCAAUAACUUGUAUCAAAUAGAACUGAUGAAAAUAAAAGUUUCAGAGACAUACAGUCGAUGUUAUCCAACAUUAAAGUCUAAUGGUGUUUCUUUUGUAUUUGCUUCACACAUAUGCUUCUAUCAUUCAUUUUCCGUGCAAUUCUGAUAUUGGUGUUCACAGUACUCAAUUUCUAAUAUUUACCUUAAUAAUGUUAGUGUUUUCAUGUUGUUGUUAACCCUUCAUUUGCUAAAU